UGCCUCCUCGACAGGUGUGUAUCUGCCUCUGUUGUGGGAGCAGAGUUUUUGCUGGAAGAGCCCCAUAGCGCUUGGUUACACACGAGGCCACUUCUCAGCCCUGGUUGCCAUGGAAAACGACGGCUAUGACAACCGCGGUGCAGGUGCUAACCUAAAUACAGACGACGAUGUCACAGUCACUUUUCUGCCCUUGGUGGACAGUGACAGGAAGUUGCUGCAUGUCCACUUUCUGUCUGCACAAGAGAUGGGAACAGAGGAGCAGCAGGAACGCCUGCUGAGGCAGUGGUUGGACUGUUGUGUGACGGAGGGUGGAGUCCUGGUGGCGUUGCAGAAGAGCUCGAGGAGGCGGAGCCAUCCUCUCGUCACACAGAUGGUGGAGAAGUGGUUGGAUGGCUAUCGGCAGCUGGGCACCUGCCCUGCCCUCUCGGAUGGUGAGGAAGAGGAGGAGGAUGAAGAUGAGUGAGCAGGAGAGGCUUCUCUUUACUCAGAGACUUGGUGCACCUUUAUCCAUCCUUGCAGAGAACACACAUGUACACUAAUGUACCAUUAUUUAUCCUUGUUAUAUGUGUACACACACACACACACACAC